UAUUACCUGUACUGCUGCUUGCUGGCCAUGCUGGGAGUGAUCGUGUUCGUGCGGACGUGCCUGUCUGUGAAGGCGCUGCUGCUCACGCUGGCCGUGGUGGUUUAUCUGGCGCUCUUCCUCCACGUCUACGCCCCGAGGUCACACUGCCUCAUCGACAUGCUCUACAACAACGGCACCAAGCCGGGAAUCUUGAAGGACCCUCAGAUCAUGUCCGGGGUUUGGCUGGUCAUCUUUUACAUCGUGUGCCUCAUACUGGCCAGACAGGACGAGCUGAGUUGCCGGGUAGACUUCCUGUUGGACCACUGCUUCAAGACGGAGAGGGAGGAGAUGGAGACGAUGGAGAACGUCAACAAGCUGCUCCUUCAGAACGUGCUGCCGCUCCACGUCGCCUCCUACUUCAUUGGCAAAAAUAUCCGCAACCAGGACCUGUACAGUCAGUCCUACGACUGUGUGUGUGUGAUGUUCGCCUCGGUGCCUCAGUUUAAAGAGUUCUACAGCGAGAGCAGUGCCAACAGGGACGGGCUGGAGUGUAUGCGCUUCCUCAACGAGAUCAUAUCGGACUUUGAUGAGCUUCUCUCUAAGCCCAAAUUCUGCUCAGUGGAGAAGAUAAAGACCAUCGGCAGUACGUACAUGGCCGCCGCGGGGCUGAGGCACGCUCCACUCAGCGAUGAGGAAAAGAAAGUGGAGAUGUCCUACAGCCAUGUGCGCACCAUGGUGGAGUUUGCCAUCGCUCUGAUGAACAAACUAGAGUUCAUCAACACACACGCUUUCAACAGCUUCAAACUCAGGAUUGGAAUAAACCACGGUCCAGUGAUCGCAGGAGUGAUCGGAGCUCAUAAACCUCAGUAUGAUAUCUGGGGGAACUCUGUGAACGUGGCCAGCCGGAUGGACAGCACCGGAGUUCUGGACAAGAUACAGGUGACGGAGGAGACGGCCCAGAUGGUGGAGAGCGUGGGAUACAACGUCACUCUGAGAGGCGUCGUCAACGUGAAGGGCAAAGGGGAACUCACCACCUACUUCAUCAACAAGGACCAUUCGCUCCCUCAGUACUGAGCUGUGGAGAUGCUGAACAGACUAAUCACUCAGACCUGGGGUCCAAACUUUAGCAGCUAAUGUUUGAUUUCAUUAACUAUUACCUUCCUGUGACCAUCACACACUUCGCACUGACUUUAAGAAGCUGCCUUCGUCUUCUGGAUGAGACACCAAAUAAAAUCUGGACCGAUUUAAAUGAAGAACUGGAAACUGAAAGCAGAGUUUUCUCCUCAAGGAUCGUUUAAUAACAUCAUGUUGCUUACACUGUAUUAUUCUGAGAACAUAUCAUCUGAAAUGAUCGUUUUGGUACAUUUAACACUUCUGAAAUACAUGCACUAUCCAACAGUGUUCAUGUACCUUUCAUUUAUUGGGGACAAAAGAUAGAUGUACCAAAGAUUACAGUUGUUUAAUGAAGGAUAUGAAAGGUAGUUUAUGCCUCAAAUACGCAUAUAUAUAUAUCAAUAUAAUUGUUUUAUUUGAACUUAUUUACAUGUUUUCACUCCAUUGUGUAACGAAACGGCAUUUAAAAAAUGUUACAGAAGUGUCUUUAAAUGUAGGAAAAAUGGGGUUAAACAAUGUGUGUACUUUGAAGAGUCAUGUGAUACUCAUUGGUGUUUCCACAGGUUCCCAUCUUCCAGUAUGGUUGGUUACGAGAUUAUUCACAGUGAUCUAUGCUUUUAUGUGAAACCAUGGAUAGGUUAACCAAUGAAAAUGACUCAUCUCACUCAAGCUCUCGCACCCCAUACACAUUUACAAGUACACAUUGUUUACUAAAGGUGUCACGAUCCACAUAAAGUAAGGAGCCACUGGUUAACGGUACGAUCGCUCACUGCUGGAGACGGAGAGCUGUGCUGCAACCAUGUUGAUUUAAAUAAGAAUCGUUUUAUAUUCACUACUGCCCACAACUAACACAUUAAGCUAACACUUCAGCAUCCUGGUAUACAGAUGUGCCAUGACAAGUCUGAUAAAGCACAUUUGAUAUUGCACUUUUAUGUAUGUUGUCCUAUAUGUUGUCUUUUUUUAAAGGUAGUUCUGCAUUACAAUCCAAGUGUUGAUUGAAUAUUUAUCCUUUUCUUUUGAGUAUGUAUUUCUGUGAGGGAUGAUGUGGAAGUGUGAAUGCAAGAAAAAAAGUAUGUUCAUUAUAGAGAAAUAUUUUUCUAUUUUAUUUAUAAACUAAUAAAGAAGAUACAGCUAUA